AUGGCCCAUUUGCCCAACACAGCUGGCGCAUGGAGUGCCUUGGAGCCUCCUCUCAGUAACGAAAUACUUGACACCCUGACAACUAUGGGGUUUGAUUCCAUGACACCAGUGCAAUCGGGUGCUAUCCCACUCUUCAUGAAGAAUAAGGAUGUCGUGGUCGAGGCUGUCACUGGCUCGGGCAAGACAUUGGCCUUUGUUAUCCCUAUUAUCGAGAAACUACUACGACGGGAAGAUCCUUUGAAGGGGAACCAAGUGGGUGCCAUGGUCAUCACGCCAACUCGUGAAUUGGCUCAGCAAAUCCACAGCGUCUUUGAACUUUUUGUGCGUGAUCAUCCUCGCAAAGAUCAGUUAACACUCGGUUUAUUUAUCGGUGGCACCACAACACUUGCACAAGAUCGAGAGACGUUUACAAAGACGAUGCCUCGGAUAUUGAUUGGAACACCAGGUCGUUUGGAAGAGUUAUUGAAAUCAGGGCAAUUGAUCAACACCAAGGAAUUCGAAGUGCUUGUGAUGGAUGAAGCGGAUCGAUUAUUGGAUAUGGGCUUCAAGCAACAAUUGAGUGGCAUCAUUGCACAAUUACCAAAGCAACGUCGUACAGGCCUGUUUUCAGCUACCAUGACAGAUGCUAUCUCUGAAUUGAUUCGUGCUGGUUUACGUAACCCUGUCCGCAUUGUUGUCAAGGUGCAUGAUCUUGUCCAAAACCAGCAACGUACGCCAUCAACAUUACGUAUCGACUACAUCGUUUGUGAACCGAAUCAAAAGCUUUUGCAGCUCGUACGGAUACUUGAACAUCAAUUGGCAACAGGGGGUGCUACCAAGUUCAUCGUCUACUUUUCUACUUGUGCAUGUGUCGAUUAUUUCUACAAGUUGCUACACAAAAAGCUCAAAAACAUGUCGUUUACGGUUCACUCCUUGCAUGGUCAAAUGGAUACCAAACGACGUGCAGCCACCUACAACGCCUUUAUUCAGCUUGCACCUGCAGUACCAGCAGUCUUAUUAUGUACGGAUGUCGCAUCACGUGGUCUUGAUAUUCCAGAUGUGGAUUAUGUUAUUCAAGUGGAUCCGCCACAAGAUCCCAAGGCAUUCACCCAUCGUGCAGGUCGUGCAGCACGUGCAGGACGUCAAGGUCGUGCCACUGCAUUAUUAUGCCGAGGCCGUGAGGAGUUUUAUGUUGAUUUUCUCAAAUUACGCAAGGUGCCUAUGGAACGAGCACCCUAUCGUUUGCCAGAUGGACAAGAAAAGGAUAAUAGCAAAGUGAUCAAAGAAGAUGGCGAGGAAAAGGUCGUGUCAGAGCCUGUGGAUGAUCCUGAGUUGACAUCCUUCGUCGAUUCAUUACGUGAAGUCAUCAAGGUGGAUCGAGAUAUGCAUGAUCGUGGCAUGAAAGCAUUUGCCUCUUGGGUUCGCUCAUAUUCCAAGCACGAAGCAAGCUAUAUUUUCAGGAUAAAGGAUUUGGAUCUUGGUCAAGUUGCUACCUCUUUUGCUUUGCUCAAGCUACCAAAAAUGCCCGAACUCAAAGAUACCAAGCAAAUCACAUUCACACCUGCAGAUAUUGAUUGGAACAAUUACAAAUAUCAGGACAAGAAUCGAGAAAACAAGCGUCAACGUGAAGCAGCUGCACCAGCACCCACCAACAACAAAAAGCCUAAAAAGCAAGUGACGGAAGCAUGGUCAGCUAAAAAGGAAGCCAAGAUGAAGAAACAAGAGCGGAGGACCAAGAAAGAACGCAAAAAGGAAUAUCUGAAACGAAAAGCCGAGGAAGUGGAAAAGGACGACGAUGAUGCGGAUGAUUGGGAUGAAUUGGCAGCAGAGGAACGAAUGGCAAAGAAAGUUAGAAAAGGCAAAGUGAACCAAAAAGAGUUUGAUACUAUGUUUAUGGAUGAGGAUAAUGAAGCAUAA